UUGAAUUAAAUCGCUCGUUUUUUUUCACGGCAAAAAUAGACAGGAAAAUAGACAGGCGAAGCGGGACCACACAGAGAACCAUUGUCCUUCACCAUUUCCUCCAACUUUAUCAACAAAACCGUGCACGUACGCACGUUUUCCAACGUGACCAAGCUCGAGCUCACAAGCUCACACCCCCCUCUAGCCGUCGGGAGCGAGCAUGCGGCACACCCCCCUCUGACCGUCGGGAGCGAGCUUGUGGCACACACCCCUCUGCUGUGUCCUCUCUCAGGACGGAAGUGAGUCCAUUUUUCCCCUCAGUGUGAUAAAAGCGGCUGGAGGAGCUGCAGCCCGUGCAACACGCGCCCAUGAGAGGGCAUACGCUAUGUUUUACGUGUGUGUAUUCGCCUCGUUGCAAACAACAACAACAAGCGAGAAAACGAGGUAACUAGGGGGCCGUCGGAGCUAGCUACUCCGUUUUUUCUCUCUCUCUGCUGUCUUGUUGAGGGGGGCGAAACCCUGCGCAUUCCUCCACGCAGAGUGCCAGACGGGGGGAUACUCGCCGACGGCUGGACGGGAACGGAGCCGCAUUCACACGGCGGUGGCUCCGGGGGUCAGACGGCGGGUCCUGCCUCAUGGUUUUGGCUGUUCGGGAGAGCCGUCGCGGCUGUUCUUUGAUAUGACGGUGACCCGGUGCACGCUGCGACCUCCCUGCUUUGAUGAAUAAUUCACGUGCUCUGUCUCCGAGGCUCGCGCUGAGAAUACCUAACGACCGUCGGCCGCGCGUGAUGCCUUCUGGACGGACCUCUAAUGGGGGAGGCCAGGCCAAGCUGGUUUAACUGGUUUUCCAUAGAGUGGGCAGCAGGAAACACGGGAGCGGCGUGGUUUCUGUGGCUGUAGUCUGGGAGCUGCUGAGUGGCCCUGAAGUCAUGUUGCCUGGUCGGUGGGGGAGGAGAGAUUUAGCUUCCUGGACUUCAACACCCAUCCAGUUUUAGGGUUAAUUUAACAACGGGGACACUUUUCAUGCACCAACAUUGUCCUUGGCGUCGUGUCAUCUUAUUCUCAUUGGAAAACUGGACUCUUAUACAUUUUGCUCAUUCUUUUUUUUUUUUUCUGAGAUGAUGUGAAGGGUUUUUUAUAUUAUCUAAAGAACUAAUUGUGAAAGUUGAUUACCUCCCCCCUUUUUGCAUCUAAUUGAACUAUUUAAAUCAAAUUCAAAACUUACUACUCAGCACAGUGGAACUGACUGUAAAUACCUCAAGAAUCUACCUCAAAAGCCACAGUUUCUUCAGUCUAACUGGCUGACAAAUCCUCCGAUAUGCAGGGAAACUAAUUGUUCCCUGCAUGUGUUGUGAGCUGAGCUGUGUUUCUGCUGCAGAUGGCUUCUUUCCCAGAUUCUGACCUGCAGACCUGUCCGCUCUGUAAGGAGCUGUGCGGCUCCUCCGCUCCCAUCUCCUCCAACUCCUCUACCUCGUCCUCCUCUUCGCAGACCUCUGUCUCCUCUAACCACGCCACCAAGAAGCUCCACGUCCUGCCCUGCCUGCACACCUUCUGCAGGCAGUGUUUGGAGGGGCAGCGCAGCCCUAGCGACCCUCUGAAGCUGUGUUGCCCCACUUGCGACCAGAAGGUCUCCAUCUCUGAGGCCGGAGUGGACUCCCUGCCUUCCUCCAACUUCCUCUUCAGCAACCUGUUGGACGUGGUGGUGAGCUCGGACGAUCAGAUGCAGAAUAAGAACGGUCACCAUCACCUCGGGGGCCUGAUCGGGGGCUCGUCCGGGUUCCACCCGUCACACGGGGGCCUGCUGCACGUGCAGCACAUGGGGGAGCCUCAGUGCAGCUCCUGCGACGAGGAGAACCCGGCCACAUCCCACUGCCUCGACUGCGAGGAGUACCUCUGUGACAACUGCGUGCGAGCGCACCAGCGGGUGCGGCUGACCAAAGACCACUACAUCGACCCCCUGGGGGAGAGCCUCCACCUGAGCCGGGUCAACUCCAUCAGCAGUGGCACUGGCCAGCCGGGGGUGUCCGUGUCCCUCGCCCAGUCCUUGCAGAACAACUUUGCGCUGCUGUCUCUGUUCCAGGGCCGGAUGAGCUUCUGCCAGAACCAUGACGGCGAGGUGUUCCUGUUCUUCUGUGAAACCUGCUCGGUGCCGAUCUGCCGGGAGUGCAGCGUGGGCCGUCACAUUGGCCACACCUACGUCUACCUGCAGGACGCCGUGCAGGACUGCAGGGCCAUCACCAUCCAGCUGCUGGCAGACGCUCAGCAGGGACGACAGGCUGUCCAGCAAAGCAUGGAAAAGGUCCAGGCCAUGGCGGAGCAGGUGGAGAUCAAGGCCAAAGUGGUGCAGACCGAAGUGAAGGCUCUCGUUCUGAGACACAAGAAAGCUCUGGAGGAGAGGGAGUGUGAGCUGCUGUGGAAGGUGGACAAGAUCCGUCAGGUGAAGGCCAAGACUCUGUACCUGCAGGUGGAGAAACUCCACCAGAGUCUGACCAAGCUGGACAGUACCAUUGCUGCUGUGAGCCAGAUGCUGGAUGAGGGCCACCACCUGGACGUGCUUCUGGCCAGGGAGAGAAUGCUGACCCAGAUCCAUGAACUCAAGACUCUCAGGGGGCUGAUGCAGCCACAAGACGACGACCGCAUCAUGUUCACGCCUCCAGACCAGGCUCUGUACGUAGCCAUCCAAUCCAUGGGCCUGAUCAGCAGCAGCGCCUUUGCCCCCGUCACCAAAGUCCACGGCGAAGGUCUGAAAAACGUACUGUGUGGGAAGCCCGCGUCCUUCACCGUCAUCGGAUACGACCAUGACGGCGAGCCGUGCUUGUCCGGCGGUGACACCGUGUCAGCCAUGGUGAUGUCUGUUGCAGACGGCUCUCCGUCCGCGGUGGAGGUGACGGAUCGCAAGAACGGCUCCUAUACUGUCUGCUUCCUGCCGAAAAUGGAGGGGGAGCACCUGGUGUCUGUGUUGGUGUGCCAUCAGCACGUCCAGGGCAGCCCCUUCAAGGUGACAGUCAAGUCCAGACGGAAUUACAGGUCCCUCGGCUCCCAGAUGUCGUCUUUCGGCUGUGAGGGGGAGGGGGAUGGCCAGCUGUGUCGCCCCUGGGGCAUCAGCGUGGACAGGGAAGGAUAUGUUGUGGUGGCAGACCGCAGCAACAAUCGCAUACAGAUCUUCAAGCCUUGCGGUGCCUUCCACCAUAAGUUUGGCUCCUUGGGUUCUCGGCCUGGUCAGUUUGAUCGUCCAGCCGGUGUUGCCUGUGACAGUCAGAGACGGAUCAUUGUGGCCGAUAAGGACAAUCACCGUGUGCAGGUGUUUACGUUUGAGGGCCAGUUCCUGCUGAAGUUUGGGGAAAAGGGCACCAAGAACGGGCAGUUCAACUAUCCCUGGGACGUGGCCGUCAACUCUGAGGGUAAAAUCUUGGUCUCGGACACCAGAAACCACCGCGUGCAGCUCUUUGCCCCCGACGGUUCUUUCCUCAACAAGUACGGCUUCGAAGGGACUCUGUGGAAACACUUUGACUCCCCCAGAGGGGUCGCCUUUAACCACGAAGACCACCUCGUUGUGACCGACUUCAACAACCACCGGCUCCUGGUCAUCCGGCCGGACUGCCAGGCGGCUCGCUUCUUGGGCUCGGAGGGCACAAAGGACGGGCAGUUUCUACGCCCCCAGGGUGUCGCCGUGGACCAAGAGAACCGCAUCAUCGUGGCCGACUCCCGCAACCACAGGAUCCAAGUGUUCGAGGCCAGCGGAAGCUUUUUAUGCAAUUUUGGCUCUCAGGGGAGUGGCUACGGACAGAUGGACCGCCCCUCCGGGGUGGCCGUGAUGCCCGACGGAAUCAUCGUGGUCGUUGACUUUGGAAACAACCGCAUUCUCAAGUUCUAAAAGAAAAAAAAUCUUUUUUUUUUUUUUGCAUUCUCUCCCUCUGUUUGCUCUUUUUGCAGUAACUUUCCACAAUGAAGGAAAUGGAGAGGAGAGAAUCAAUCAACAGAAAGGCGGGGCCGUGCAGAGAAGACUGAGAUUAGUCUAAAGACAUUUUUCACGUUCACUACUACUCACCCAAACACGUGUCUACUUUAUACAAUGGGGACCUAUCCAAAUGGACUCGUAGCUGCUCUCAGUCCUCUCUGUGCGCGCCGCUUUAAGAUCCAUCUCAGGGAAUUCUUUCACUUCUUGAAAUCUCGUAACUUCUGCUCCAUACCUACCUCAUUUAGCUCUUUAUGAAUGUACUCAUACUCACUGAGCAGAGGUUUUAGUCCGUGAAGUUUUACAAAGAAGAAACGUCUACCUCUAUACUUUAUUUAAGAGACAUAAAAGUAGAUUCUUGGGUUGAUAUUUGCACAGGAUUCAUUGAAUUCUCUCUGUGCAUUUUCAGUAUGAGUAAGCGUGAACCUCCUGAAUGUUGCUGAGACAAUACUCAGACGGCUGUAGAGGGUGUGUGGUUGAUUCUCAUCAGUAGGCUCGGCUCAGAGAAGAAGACAUGGGUCAAGUAGUGUCCUCCCCUGUUUUUAGACGAUUUAGGUGUUUUGUUUUUUUUUCCCUCCCCUCUUAGACAAGUAGAUUGACCCUUUUCUCUAUUUAGCUUAGUGGAGUUUGUAAUUUCACGAAUGCCGAGCAAGACUGUGAGAAGCAAUGCCAAGCUCAAUGGAAUCAAAAUUAGCUCAGGUCAUCGUAAGAACUGGUCCGAACGAUCGGUUCUUUUUUUCAGGCUCUCCUAGCUUUACUGACUAAUGCUGAUUUAAUAAAUUUCUUAAUGAGUAGAAAUAGAAAAAAGAUGUAUGAAAAUCAGCUCUAAAAUGAUCCCUGAAAUGAGAUAUCUUUUGAUCAUGAUCCCCAAACUUAUAUCGCAAGACUGGGACGAUGUCGCGUUUCCGCCGAAGAAAGAAAAACGAAUAUGCAAAGAAAGCAUGGUCUCCUCCGAACGGGAAGACCCACAGAAUGAUUUAAGAGUUGAAUCCAUAGAGAUCUCAACGUGUUCCUUCGUGUUAUCAUAGAAAUGUAAUUAUAGAAGUGAAAGCUACUUUUUAAAUGAGGCAUGCUGUUUGACAAAAAGCCUUCAGAAGUAGACGCCUGCUAUGGCCGUCCUGAGGACAUUAAUGACAACAGAGUACAGGCCUAAGAUAAUAUAUCAAUCUCUUGGAUUUAGAUUGUGGUUUAAAGCCACGGCCUUUGGCUCCGAGGGCCAAAGAUCUAGUGCAGUCCAAUGAGAGGGCAUCAUCACAAAGCCCGACCCUAUUUAUUUAUCCUUAGAUCUAAGUCAAACAAAAAGAACGCCUUCAGAUUGCGCGUUAGUAGACGGAUUCCUCUAAAGAUGGAGGUCUACAGACCAACUACUAGAGUCAACCAAAGUUAGAAUCUCUGCACAAAGGCCAGCUAUAAAUGUGGCGUUUAAUGGAUCUUAAAAUCCCCCUUAAAACUUUUCUUUACAUAACUUGUUUGAAAAGUCUAACGUUCUUACAACUCGUGGAGUUUAGUUCAUCGCACUGUCUUACAUUAGGCUUUGGAGAAAUGGAGUGCUUCGGUCCCAGGUUACCGAGUACUUCCUGUCCCGAAGGCUCUGGCUUUGGGAGCAAGUGUAGAAAGUUUCUGUCUCGCAGAGGUGCUCAAAACAGAGAAUACCCCGCACCAAAGAGAAACCCUCAUGUUUGUUGCCUAAGCUCAUUCAGCAAUGCCAUAGUUUUAUCACGAUUAGACUCAGCGUACCACCUCCGAUUAGUCUUCUUUCUACUAACUAACCGCAGUCCCUACUGUUCGAUACAGUUUCUUUAAGGUGCAACCAAUCCCUUCGCCCGUUGGUUUGUGUUUCCCUGAAGGCACUCGACAAUAUCAGGAUCUGUAAGCUAGUUUCUCGUUGAAACAAAAAAAACAAAUACCUCCUCAGACUGACUCUUGCCUCUGAAUUGAUGAUUUGUCAGCACAACUUGGGAGAUUUAGUGUCGGAUAACUUUUACCUCAACGUUCUCACUUCGUUUCUCGUAUACCUCAACUUUCCAAAUACCUUAAGUUUUGUCCCUCAUGGUUACGGUGCAUUUAAAACUUUUGAAUACCUCAAUUUAUUAUUCCUUCUGAAUACCUCAGUUUUUACUCUUUCUUGAAGGAUUUUGUUUUACCUCACCAAUACCUCCUUGUUUGACCGUUCAGCACAAGGACCAAAGAUCGUUGUACUGUUUAGCGUUGAAACAGAAUUUGUAUGAAAACAGCUAUUGUGUCUGCCUGAUCUACUGUAACCUGCCUGGUUAAAUUAUUGCUUUUUUUUUGUUUUUUUUUCAGCAACAAAACGAAUCGUUCCAAUGCGAGCAUUGUGCCAAAAACAACCUGUGAGAGUUCUGUGCCAAAACAGGAUUGGCAUUUGGACUGCGAUGUUGUAGAGGAAGUGUCACUGGACCAUUAUAUCAAAAGGUUUAAAAUCAGAACAACUGAGAAUAAAUCCUCCUCUGGUUUGGAUGCACUGGGUUAACCCUAACCUUGGGCCCCAUUUACCUUUACCUCACACUGACGUUGAACAUACAGGUUUCCAUGUGGAAGAUGUCUCUGUGUUGCCGAGGGACGCAGGGUUAAAAGGAAAAAACUGGUCUUAAAGAAUUAACAGCUCAAAAGUGUCGGCCAUUAAACGCACAUGAAUUUACCUCAGAUUUCAGCACAAUUUACCAAUCUUAUCGGUGUGGAUUUUUAGGAUGCUUGAUGUUGGUUGAAAUGAGUCUGUAAUCUCCAAAUCAUCCCGUCGGAUUACGCCUAAUGUGUGACAGCAGGCUGGCUCAUCAUUUAAAGGGAUAUUUCUGGUUUUAUUCCAAAGAUUGCUAAUAGGCUAACUCCUUGAAGCUAACUGGGCUUUGAGGGAGUAGUGAUGACUAACUAGUCAUCACUAGGCAUACUGUGAUUGUCUUGAGUACAAAUACCAUUGUAUUAAGAUAUUUACCCAAAAUGACAACAUGUACGUAGCGUUUUUUUUGUUGUUUUUUUUUGAUUAAGCAGCAAAACACAUUUAUACUUUUAAAAAUCACUUAUGUUACAUUAAUUUGGUAACACAACAAACUGCAGUGAGAGGUGUAAUUGGUCAGGCUAUCUGCUCCGUUAGCUGAGCCACAGUCUGCUGCUUGACAGAAGUGCUGAUCCUGGUAUACCAGAAAAUAUGAACCUCUGUGUAUUGACCUCAACAAGCCCACGCCUCGUCGCUGCAUUUUCACAGACAUGUUGAAACUAAAGCGAAAUAUCCCUUUAAACCAGGCAGGAGGAUGAGCUAGCCUGAGUCUGCAAAAAUACUGCUGCUUUGAACACAACGCCUAUCAUCAACCAAUGAGAUUUUUUUUUUGCUUUUCAGUAUUACUCUGAGAUGUUCACACAAUGUUGCAUCAGGUUUUUUUUUCUUUUACACUUUUUUUUAAAUUAAGAUUGCAGAAUUCUAUCUUUAAGAUCCUUAGGUCUUCACUCUUAAAGAGGAAAAAUGUAUUUUAACCUUUGUUUGUAUUUCGUUUCAUUGCAUGCUUUAAAAGUUCUUGUAUUAUUCUGAUGUCUCCCAGAUAGGUGUUGAAAGGCUCAGAUAGGGUGGGUAGCUGAUUGUUGGGAUUUUUUUUGUUUUUAGUUUUUCCAAACAAAAUGUAUACCCAAAGAUGUGUAUAUGUGUGUUUAAAAAGCUUGUUGGUUGGAAUUAACUUUUGACCUUUGCGAUUGUAUUUCCUGUUGGGUUGAGGCUCUGCAGUGCGCAACCUGUUCAGCUAGCGACGCUUCUGUCCCCGAGAGGCUCGAGAGUUUUUGAUCUUUACAUUCUUUACAUUCAUUUGUGGUCAAACAGCCUAUAAUUCAUUUAAAAAGGCAGUAAAAAUUUACAAAAUGAAUAACAUAUCUCCCCUUUUUAAUUCCAGCUAAGUGUCCCCAACAAAAACCAGCAUUCAUCUCCCCUUCGUAAGCAAACGUGGUCAGUUGAUUGCACCCCCUGCUGGAGCUGUAAUGAACUGCGCUCAAUUUUGAAUGUAAGGGCUGCAAAUUUAUACAUUUUUUUUUAUUAAUUCCUCUCUGGCCUCUUAAAAUGUCUCCAGGGAAAGAAGAAUCGCAAAGCUGCACCAGACGAAACAUGCAAGGUCAUAGACCACCCUUUUUGUUUUAAAUGAUUGUAUAAUCUAAAAUAAAAAAUAAAAAAGAAUGGGGGGAAAAAUGGUUUAGGAAAAAUGUAGACAGGAAAAAAAUAAAAACAAAACUCAGGUUGUUCCCAGCAGCCUCGUGCUGCAGGUGUCUCAUUAAAAAAAAUUGUCCCGUAGUGAUAAUGUAGUGACUUCUUCCCUUUUAUGAACUAGUCAAAUUUUUUUUUUUUGCGUGUCCAUUUAAACAUUAUGAAAGAAAUUAUUUCUCAAUCUGCUCAAAAAAAAUUAUUAGUUUGAUUAGUUUCCUCUGAUUAUUGAUGUGUUUUUUUUUCCUUGUUACCUUUCUUUUCUCUGACAAAAAGUACAAAUGCUUCACACCACUCGACUCAUAGGCCCUUUUAGAAUGUAUUUUGUGAAGAAAAGGGAUAAAUGGGUUCUUGUUGAUGCUCUCUGCCUGCGCCGGGGCUCUGGGAGAGCUACAGGACGGAGAGGAAGGGGCCGUCUGGUGUUGCGAAACAAAUAGUCGUGUUUGUUUCUAAACGAGCUCCGACAUCAGCCAAAAUACGCUGCCCAGACGGUUUGCUUUUCUUUUUAUAAUAUUUUUUCCCCCCUCAUGUCCUGCUCUCCCAGAACCUGUUUGGGUGCGGAGAGAGCUCCGUGUUUGUGCGCUGCAUCUGCAAUAUCCAAGCAGAAAUCCACUGAAUGUAUCCUCUCUCAGUCCAAGAGGCAGGGCGAGUCGGCGUGGCCAGCUGAAUUUAGACGACCAAGGCUGAUUCUUGCUGAUCCAAAGCCCACUCUGUGUGUGUGUGUGUGUGUGUUCCAGUUUAACCUCUCACCACACACGCACACUCACACACAGAGAUUGGGACAGAAGCGCAAAAGCCAGGCCUUGAGUCUAGGUAACGCACAGGAGACUAUAUUAUAAUGGCCGCCUUACCGCUCUCUCUCUGUACUCUGUGGACUUUAAACAUUUCCUAUGCAGUUCUUUUGGUUAUUUUCUCUUUUUGGUUUUUUGUUUACGCCUAAAUAAAGUUGUAUUUCUUUGACUUUAAA